AUGAUGUGUUUUAAGCAAACUGAAAUGGCAAUGUCGAAACCGAUCCUGCUCGUCUUCUUACUAAUUAUACUUAUAGUCACCUCUCAGUUUGAAUGGAGACAACCUUUUGUUGAACUUGAUGCAGCUACCACCUCGUCACAGAAACAGCAGCAAAUUUCAGAUAGAGAAGAAGCUGUGAAAGAGAAGAUAAUCAUGUCGCAAGAGAGACAUAUCCAGAGGCUAAAUGAGGUUCUGAGGAGUCUUCAGUUGCAGUUGCUGCGAUGUAAGGGAGAGAAUGAGACUCAAAAUGCUACAAAAGGCUACCAUCUAAACAAACAAUUCAUUGAGGAUGUCGAGAGAAAACAAAUUCUUGAAGGCUAA